CAUUUCCGCAUAAACAUAAACAUUUGCGCAUUAACCAAAACACAAAGGAAGAAGACUUGAAGCAGACAUAUUUUUUGGAGUUAAGGAUGCCCUUUUUAAGUCGAGAUUGGCGAUCGCCGGGAGAUCAGUGGGUGCGGACAAACGAAGGAUGGGAAAGGCUCAGGCUCUGGCGAAUCAAAAUAUUCGAGCGAAUGAAUGAAAAUAUAUUGGCAAGGUUGCUGCGACUUGCUGUCAUUGAGCAAGAUGACACGUGGCAUAAGCAUCAACCUCACAUUCACUACAUCAAAGGGAUUUCAAAGGAGAGGAAGGUUAUGACGAGCCUGAGUGAAGCGUUUGUUCACUUGGACAUGACAGGAGCCACACGGGACCUCCGCCGAUUUAAUUACGUCAGGAAGCUCAUGUUUCUGCUGCUUAACAGGAACUUUCGAUACCUGAGUGGGACGUCACAGAAAAACAUCAUUAACAUCUUGGAGGAAAUGACAAAUCAAGUGCUGAGAACUGAGAUAAAUGUACCAGCCAUGAAGUCCCUGUUGAAUUGUGCUGUGAACAUACUGACAGAUGGACAGUAUUCUCACAUUGGUAGUGAAUGCUUGUGGAACAAACACCAGGCAGCAGUGUCCAGAAUGAUCUCCAAGCUAGACAAGUACAAGCUGAAACAGAGACAGGCCGAUGGGAAGCCGCUGUUUGAAGAUUUACCAGAGGAUUGUCUGAGGUGUAUCUUCAGAAAACUCUCAGACCACACUGACAUCAUACACACAGGCCAGGCAAACCUAGCCAAUCAUAAGGUCUCAUCACAGAUGUUGCUAUGGAAACAGCUCUGUUUUUUCCACUUCAGUGAUCACCAGCUUCUAGUCUUCUUGCCACAAGAGCUUGGUCAGGAUGAGAAUAAAAUCAACUGGAAGUACAUCUACAGACGCUGCUACAAGCGUUUCGGGAUGAAAGAUAUUUUCACAGACCACCUGGCAAUAUGUUGUCACUGUGACACACUUUUCUGGCAGUCCAUUGGGCAUCCAUGCUUCAGUGACUCUGAGGGAAAGUCCAGACCUCUCUCCCCAGAAGCAUUUUUAGACCUGUUUUUGCUGUAGAAGGCAUUUUAUCUCGGAUUUAGGACCUAUUUGGUCAUGAAUUACGAGGGAUCCUGUAGUUCAGCAGUAUUUUGCAGAGGACAAUAUAGAUCUGAUUUAUUUGUCACUGCCAAAGGAAAAAAAGGAUCUGCUAAAAUAACCAGGUACAUAAGGCCCUGGAAAGAAAUCACAAAAAAUUAAAGACACAUUAUCAAAUAAAGUCUAUAGAAUUUGUGCAAUCCUCAUCAAUAAAAAAACAUUUCAAGCAAUCGAUUAUUCAAGACAUGCCUUUUCUGAUGUACGUUCAAGUGUUUCUAGACCCUUUUUAUAGUUUCUGGGUUUGACUUGACUUAUUUUUUUUCUGGCUGGUUUUGAUCAUGCCAUUUUUUCUAGUCUACAAAGGGAAGAAGAUACAAACACAGAUGCUUGAAUAUUUAACCUUUCUUUUUAUAAUUAAAAAAAUCCCAUACUAUGACUUAAUUUUGGGGAACUUUUUAGUUAUGAAAAGAAAGGUUAAAAACAUUAAGUGCCUGUGGAUACAAGUUGUAUAUAUAGUCUGUAUAUAAAACUGGGAGAAUAUUUAUGUUUUGUAAGGUUUGAUAGGGAGGAAAAGUUUACGUGUGUAUUGUCUUUCAGAGUUCUUGAAGAUAUGUAAAUGAUAUUUAAAUACUGUAAAUGUAUAUAAUAUUAUUAUGAGUGAUUUGUACAUAGUUUAUUCUGUUGUCAACAUUUUUGUCAGUUCAAUGCAUUUUUUUCGUGUUGAUUUUGUAUUUUUAUUGAUUUACUGAGUGCUUUCAAAUAUUUUUCAUUUCAGAGGUAUUGUUUGUACAUGAUGUGUAUAUAUUGUAUUUGAUUUAGUGCAAUUCUUAGAUAAUAACUAUAGUGUUUGUAUUGACUUGUAAGUCCCACCUCCCCCUAAAAGUGCAGAUUCAAUAAUGGAUCCAGAAUUUAAACCCAUAACUUUAUGAGAAUAACAUUUUUCAUUGACAAUUUUAAAGAUAUUAUCUAAAAUAGAAAAAAAGUCCUUUUUUAUAGAUGUUAUUCUGUUAAAAGUUUAAAUUCCAGAGUUUAUUUAAAUUCAAGGUAAUGUGCCAAAACAUAGUGAAUUUAGAUGAUAUAAAAAAUAAAACCUAAUUUUUGUCAGAAUAUUAAAUUUU